CUCCUUUCAAUAUCCAGUAUGGGUGGGCGGUUUUUCGUAUGACCCACCCAUCUUGAAUUUAUGGUUUGGUUGCACACAGUAUGCAAUUUCACUUUGUUUUAUUCAACGUUUUGAGUACGUGAAGCAGAGCGGACUCUUCAGUCGAUUUUUGUUUCUCCUGCUUUUUCUUCUCCCUCUGGAAAUCAUCAUUUAAACCUUUACGGUGUUCCUCCAUAAUGUCAAGACCAGUAAGGAACAGAAAAGUAGUGAACUACUCACAAUUCAAUGAGUCUGAUGAUGCAGAUGAAGAAUAUGGUGACUCUAAACCCAAGAAGGUCCGUCCUGCACACCGAGAGCUGAAGCACAAGAGCUCAAAGAAUUCACAGGAUGAUAGUGAGGACUCUGAGGACAAACUCUCCAAAUCCAAAAAUGAUUCUGCUGAUGACCUUGGUAGUGACGACGAAGAGAAUGACUUUGGCGAGGAAGAGGAAGAUGGAGGAAGUGACUAUGAAGAAAAAAAAAUCAAAAGAGGAAAGAAACCCAAGAUGGAGAAGCCCAGCAGAAGGACACCGAAAAGAAAACGGGCCACAGAUUGCAGUGAUGACGAGAAGGAACUCAGCCGAAAGCGAACAGUACGUCAGGCGGCCUCCAAGGCGGUAUCAAAACAAAGGGAGAUCCUUCUGGGUGACGGAGGCAGUGAGGAUGAAGAGCAUGAGGAACAAGAAGAAGCCUACCUUGAUCCUGAUGAAUCUGGCAGUGAUGAAGACUUUAUGGUGGAAGAUGACGAUGACAGUGACUACGGUCACUCCAAAAAGAGAAGCAAGAAGGUUAUUCGACGAGGCCGAAUGGACAAGGAGAAGAAAUCUCCCAAACCCAGAUUAAAGGCUACAGUAAACCCCAGCCCCAUGAAAGAUAAGGGGAAAGGCCACGCCAGCACCAAGGCUGUGGAAAAGAGUUCACCCAAAGAGGAGGAAGAGGAUGAUCCUGAGAGUCCCUUGGAGGAGGAGGAGGAAGAGGGGGAAGCUGAGAAGAAAGAUAUCUCCCCUGCCCCCAAGAUGACAAAGAAGGGCGCUGGAGAGGAGGAGGAGGAGGAGAAUGAGGAAGAGGAGGAGGGUGGCUCAGAGGAAGAAGUGGCCUCUGGGGAAGACUAGAUCAUUCCCCGUUAAGUGUCCAUGUUUAAUUUUGUUUUUUGUCCUUGUGGUGGCCUGGCUACAUGGUUUGGACUAGAUGUGCUUGUCUUUUUUUUUUCCUCUCUCUCUCGCUCACCGUGAGGAUGGAUCACAGCCUACCCAUAAUGAUCAUCUGAUAUCACCCUCUGCUUCACCCGUUCGUUCUUUUGACCCCAGCCAACCCUGACUUCUCCAUCGUCGACGAAGAACAGAUUCUAUGACACUUCUGAAGCAAGUCAAGUCUGCUGGUAUUUGUUUCUGGUUCGCUGAGAGAAUCCGUCCUGUGGAAACAAACAGUACACUAAAUUUAGCUUGUGCAGUGAAUGAUUUGCCUACAUUUUACGCAAAUGUUUUUUUUUUUCAUGUCACCGUUGCUACAUUAAGAAAUCGCAGAUGUUUUCCUGGGUUAAAGCCGUUUUAUUCUUAUGUUCUGCUUUAUGGGUGGAGCAGUAAAUCCAGAGAAUAAAGCCAAACUGAAGCUCGCAAUUUUGGAAAUUAUCCAUUUGGUUGAAUGUACUUCAUAGAUCACUGUGAUAGGUCUGCUGUGUCAGCUACAAAAGGCAAUUACGUUUGAUAAGCCAGCGUGCGUUGUUCAGAGAAGGUCCAAAUUUUAUCCUGUUGGCUUCCAUUUUGGUUUCCUCUGGUUCAAGAUUUCUAACCAUACACAAAAUCUGCAUUCUCGCUGUAGCCAUUUAAUCAUUUGUACCAGGCAGGCACCACCUAAAUGUUUUUUUUUUUAAAGAAAUUCAUUUAUUUCUUCCUCAAAUUUUUGGUUUAUCUUUUUUGUUCAUUGUAUUAGUUCUAUAUUUUUUUGUAAUGUUUGUUUUUUAAAAAACAAAAUAAAAUGUAUCUUGAUUUUAAA